CUGUUGACUUGUUAUCUUAGUUUUGUGUGGUGCAAGUGUAUGUGCGUGUUUCUCUUGAGCCCACAAAAUACGUAAAAUCAUGAGUAGUUGACUGUGAGGAUGUUAUUAGAAACAAUCAUUAAGUAAUUUUCUUGUUUUGCAGUUCCAGUAACCACAAACGAAAAAAAACUGCUGUUAUUAAAUCUGCCAAGUGGGGCACAUACUUUGAUUGCGUCAUCGAUUAAACAUUUGACUUUGUUUGAACUUGUUUUUUUUUUCGCAUAAAAUAUACGUUCUAUGUAAUACAAGUCUGCUGGUAAAGAUAUCAGCUCUUCUCUCCCCUUCCAUGGUCUGUUAUGACUGGCCCAGUUCACACCGUGGUUGUGACGCUCUCAUUGUAAUGGUAGAAGUGUGUAUAACGGAAGGACUAUAGUGCAGUUAUUAGUGUGCAGGUUAAGAGAAGCCGACUUAUAAAAAUGUGUUUCUAGAAUAUAGAGUCAACGUGGCGGGUUGGAGAGAGUUCUGUGAAAACCCCUUACCUUGUUUUGGUCUGGUGGAAGUGGUCAACGAUUUCGUCCCUUUCACUGGACGGGCGUCAGCGUCAGAGCGGUCAAACCCUGCUUCUCGUUCCCACGACUGGCGACCUGAAGAGCAUGAUGACCUAGGCCUCGUGUGCACUCCACUGAACGGUGAAAGCACACACGCUUAUGGGCUUGAAAAUACUGUGAGCGAUUCUAAAAGUGGCAACAUGUACCAUAAUUUAUCACCAGAUUCACCACCGUCACCGCCAGCUAUGUCUCCUGGUCCUCAACCAGCCUCUCUCUUUAGCGUAACCCAUCAAGAAGCGGCAUCCAUGGUGAAAGAGUGCCAGAAAGAAGACAAGUCCCGUCACUGCUAUCUACUCCAGAUUAUGUUGAUGCCCUUGUAUAGCCAUGACAGCAUCCCGGGCUCAGCCCUAAGAAAGCUACCGCGGCUGGUCAACAGGAUUCCUCUCGGGGCGGGGUUCCUUUCCAGCGAUCAGAUCAAAGGCAUCAACUGGCGGAUGCUGGAAGGCAGCAAUGCUGGUCCAACAUUCAUCUCGUAUCCGCUUCUCGAGGAAGAGGCCGAGGAUUACAAAGCCUGCCUCAGGGACAGACUCAUGAAACAGGCUGGAGCGGUAUUCGGGGACCUUACGGUCAAGGCCAGCAUAACCCUCUCACGCUGUGUCGACUACAGUUUUGAUUUUAUUCUCAACGACAUAGCUGUAACCAAUGGCGAGGGAUUACACUUUCGAGACUAACAUUUCACUUUCUUAGAAUAGAAACAAUUUGAGUGAGUGUAGCCAACGGAUUUUCCCAAAUUAUUUUUAGAUUGUAACGGCGUGCUCCUGCAACAUAUCCAGAUGUAAAUUGAUUGUAUUUAUAACCUUGACAUUUUAACCUUGUGAUGCAUUGGUUUGGUAUUGAAGCUUAAUUUAUUGAACUUUUGUUUGAUAUAAUACUAAA